AUGAGUGCGAGCAGCGGCAACGGCAAGGAUGAGAGUGUGGCCAAAGUCCCAGAGGCGGUGAGGGCGGACCCGCUGCAGUGGCUGCCGCGGUAUGUGAAGGUGGUGGAGGUGGGGCCGCGGGAUGGGCUGCAGAACGAGAAGCAGCAGGUGGCGGUGGGCGUCAAGGUGGAGCUUAUCCACCGCCUCAUGGCCGCUGGCCUGCCUGUUGUCGAAGCUACAAGCUUCGUCUCCCCCAAGUGGAUCCCGCAGCUCUCAGAUGCACCGGAGGUGAUGCAGCGAGUGCAGAGCAACGGCCGCACCAAGCUACCGGUGCUAACGCCCAACCUGAGGGGUCUUGAAAACGCCGUGGCAGCCGGGGCCAAGGAGGUGGCCGUGUUUGCUGCUGCUUCUGAGGCGUUUUCCAAGAAGAACAUUAAUUGCUCGGUGGAGGAGAGUUUGGAGCGGUACAGAGCGGUUUGCGGUGCUGCGAAGGAGAUGGGCAUUCCUGUGAGAGGCUACGUGUCGUGUGCGGUGGGGUGCCCCUACGAGGGACACAUAGAGCCAGCAGCAGUGGCGAGGGUGGCAAAAGCACUGCACGACAUGGGGUGUUACGAGGUGUCUCUGGGUGACACCAUCGGCGUCGGCACUCCCGGCUCAGUGGCGCCCAUGCUGGACGCCGUGUGUGCGAGUGUGCCGGCCUCCUCCCUCGCAGUGCACUUCCACGACACCUACGGCCAGGCCCUCGCUAAUAUUCUUGUGGCGCUGCAGAUGGGAGUAUCAGUCGUGGACUCAUCAAUAGCUGGUCUCGGGGGCUGUCCCUAUGCCAAGGGGGCGUCAGGCAACGUGGCAACAGAGGACGUGGUGUAUCUGCUGCAUGGACUGGGCAUUCACACGGGCAUAGACUUUGACAAGCUGCUUGAGGCGUCGGCUUUUAUUAGCCAAGCGUUGGGGAGAGAGCCGUGCUCGCGCACUGCUGUGGCUCUGGCCCACACAAGACAAACAAUCGCAGAGACGCCAAAGCUCUAG